UAUAUCGAAAGAGCUUUCUUCAUAUACAGAUCUCCAAUGACAACAAAGGUGAAGGGCCUCUUUAAAGGACUGAAAAAUAACAUAACCAACAUAUUUGAAGAGAAGGAAGAUGGUGAGGAGAUUCAGAUUGGAUUCCCAACAGAUGUAAAGCAUGUUGCACAUAUUGGAUUGGACAGUCCAUCGGCAAAUACACCAACUUGUAUGACAACAAUGAACAGUAGUGCGUCAGAAGCUCCAGAACUCUCAGCAGCUGCCGCAGCAGGAGUAAAUUCCAGUGAGAUACCGCAAGGUAAUAGUAACAACAUGAAGGGUGAGGCGAUCCGUAGCAUUAAGGAGAUUCCAAGGUCCAAACCCGCUAAAGACACCAGUUUGAAUUCCCCGACCCGACGGGGCUCCGACGAACAGAAGCAUGUCCGACGCCACCGACACACCAAUACGGAUCCGUCAUCGGAUUCUUCAACUCGUGGGUCAUCGCGUACCUCUAGAAGACACCGAAGCACAAAUCAAGCGCGUGAGUUAUCGUCGGAAGAUAUGGCGGCAGAAGCGGCGGCACCGAAACAGCAUCGUCGGAGGAAGUCAAAGACGUCCAACGGAGACGGGUCGAUGAAGUCGUCGAGGAGAUCAUCAAAAGGGAAUUCAUUGACCGAAAUCUCUUUUACGGAUCUGGAACCUGGGGACGGUGCGAAGCGUUGUGAGAGCCUUGUUUGAGGAGACAAACAAGUGAAAGGGAAGAAGGUAAUGAGAAUCUAGCAAGAAGAAAAAGAAGAAAUAUAGGUUUGAUGCAAUCCGGGAAGAAGGUAAUGAGAAUCUAGCAAGAAGAAAAAGAAGAAAUAUAGGUUUGAUGCAAUCCGGGAAGAAGGUAAUGAGAAUCUAACAAGAAGAAGAAGUUGUUGAGGUUUGAUCCCCGGGGGGGGGGGGGUUGGGUCAAUGU